AAUAUUUUUAUCACUAACGAAUUUGCAGUACGACAGUGUAUAACAAUUCUCUCGGUUUUAUUUUUCAUCAUUAUUAAAUUAGUUGUUUUCCAAUCGUGUUGGUGCAUGUACCUACGGUACACAAAUUAUUACAAAUAACACACGUGUAGUAGGUACCGCCUUUAACUUUGAUGCUAUAUAAUAAUAAUCUAUAAUUCUAUAAGGUAAAAAAAAAUCUUUAUGAUUUGCUAAUUUGUAAAUUUUUUUCCGUUAAUAAUCAUCUUAAGUUGUAGUUUUCUAUUAAUAUUAUGAAGACUUGCUUCGGAUGUUGUCCACUACGCCAUGGCGUCAGUACGAUUGCCCUCAUAAACAUUUUUUGGAAUAUUAUAGAAGCGUUUAAACACUUGCAUCACCGUAUUAAUGAGUAUGAACUUUUUAAAUUGAUUAAUAUUUCAAAUGGCAAUACUUCGGUUUCUCACGAUGACAAUAGCACUGCAGAAUAUGAGCCUCUUGACUACUGGUCGGAUGUCGAUUCAAUACCUGUCAUGAGUGGAAUAUAUAUGGACUACGUGUUCAUAAUUACAGUCAGUUGGGUCGUUUUGGAAUUCAUCUCGAAUUGCUGUCUCAAGCAAUCCACCUUUAAACGUGCUCCUCAAAAAAUCUACCUGUGGCUAGUAAUUUAUUACGCGAAUUUGUUGUUUAUGGUAUUGCAUUUGGUCGAUUAUACAAUAUCAAUGAUGAGACAUUCAAUUCUAGUAUAUACAUUAACUAUAAUAGAGGAACAACAUUUUGGACAUUUUUCCAUGAAAUUGAUAUACAUAGCUAUUAUAAGUCUUGAGAUCGCUAUAAUCCAAUCGUACUAUAUUUCUGAAAAAAAAAAUAUGCUAAAUGACAUCAUACAACUCAAAUGGAAAUACGUAUCACGAGGAAAAAUGGUAUCGAAAGGUGUCGAUUAUUCUUCGUCGUCAGCUUUCAAUGAAAGAAUAUCUGGUCGAACCCAAGAAGGAUCUAGAAUACCGCCGUACAUAACCAAUAUCAUACAGAAUUAACUGUACUAUCACGUUUUCAACAUAGCUCCAUGCUCAACAAUUAAAAUUGACAAAAAUGCAUAUUAUCAUGUUGCAUUUUUAUAAGAAUUUAAAUUUAGAUAUAUUAGGUACUGUCAAAAUUGCAUAUUAAUAACUUAUUCAAUUAUAUUACUAUGAAGAGUCUUUGUUAUAUCUAAUUCAAAAAUAAAUAACUGAAUACACUUAAAAUGUUCACUAAAUAUUUAUAUUAAACAUAAUAUAAUUUUUUUAAUAUAUUGGCUCUAUAUGUGCAUACAUUUCAAAUUUUCAACUUUUAUGAUUUUUUUUUAUUUAUGUACGAUAAUAUUUUUUUUAGUAUGUAAAUAAGCUUUUUGUCUAAAUACAAGAGUCUUCAUGAUUAUUUAUAAAGGCAGUUGAAAAAUAAUAAAUUUACAUAGUCACCUUUUCUUUUAAAAUCAUUCACAUUUUUACAAUAUUCGUCAUAAUAAUAAUGCCACGAAAGUGUAUGGAUUUUUACUUAAUAAUGCAUAUAGUUUUAAUGUUAGCAACUUU